GCGCAUGUUCCAUGUUGAAAUUCAAUUGGCUUUGUUGCGAUAUAGCCGGUGAAGUAGAAUUGUUUAGUGUUGAGUUACGUUAGUAAUAAGUAAGUUUCGGAAGUUAUACACACACAAAAAUUAUCACGUUUAAUCUUUAUUAAAGGCGAGCCAGCAUGACGGACAAAGAUGCAGUGGAGGAAAGAGUUAUUAAUGAAGAAUAUAAAAUCUGGAAGAAGAAUACGCCAUUUCUUUAUGAUCUAGUAAUGACCCAUGCCUUAGAAUGGCCAAGUCUGACUGCUCAGUGGCUUCCAGAUGUGACAAGGCCAGAAGGAAAAGAUUACUCGAUUCACAGGCUUAUCCUUGGAACACAUACUUCAACUUCUAUUAAUAGAUCAGAUGAACAAAACCACCUACUGAUAGCUAGUGUACAACUACCGAGUGAAGAUGCCCAGUUUGAUGCUUCCCAUUACGACAGUGAAAAGGGAGAGUUUGGAGGUUUUGGCUCGGUGAGUGGAAAGAUUGAGAUAGAGAUCAAAAUAAACCAUGAAGGUGAAGUCAAUAGAGCACGUUUCAUGCCUCAAAACCCCUGCAUCAUUGCUACUAAAACGCCAUCUAGUGAUGUUCUGGUAUUUGAUUACACAAAACAUCCUUCAAAACCAGAUCCCAAUGGUAAAUGUAAUCCAGACCUACGUCUCAGAGGUCAUCAGAAAGAAGGCUAUGGACUUUCAUGGAAUGCUAACCUGAAUGGUCAUCUACUUAGUGCAUCAGACGAUCAUACAAUCUGUUUGUGGGAUAUCAAUUCAACUCCAAAAGAAAACAUAGUUGAUGCAAAAACUAUAUUCACAGGACACACGGCCGUUGUUGAGGAUGUUGCUUGGCACUUACUACAUGAAAGUUUAUUUGGUUCUGUAGCUGAUGACCAAAAAUUAAUGAUUUGGGAUACCCGUUCGAAUGCCACCAAUAAACCCAGCCACACUGUUGAUGCCCACACGGCUGAAGUAAAUUGCUUAUCUUUCAACCCCUACAGUGAAUUUAUAUUAGCCACAGGUUCUGCAGAUAAGACUGUAGCAUUGUGGGAUUUGCGAAACCUCAAACUCAAGCUGCAUUCUUUCGAGUCUCACAAGGAUGAGAUCUUUCAAGUUCAGUGGUCUCCACAUAAUGAAACUAUCUUAGCAUCCAGUGGCACUGACCGACGACUACACGUUUGGGAUCUCAGUAAGAUUGGAGAAGAGCAGUCUGCCGAGGAUGCCGAAGAUGGUCCUCCAGAACUUCUGUUUAUUCACGGAGGUCACACAGCAAAAAUAUCUGACUUUUCCUGGAAUCCCAAUGAACCAUGGGUGAUCUGCUCGGUAUCUGAAGAUAACAUCAUGCAGGUUUGGCAGAUGGCCGAGAACAUCUACAAUGAUGAAGAGCCAGAGACCCCAGCAUCCGAACUAGAAGCAUCCACUUCUUGAAUGUGGGGAUCUAAGGUUCAAAUGAGAGAGUUCUAUAGCUGACAUAUCCAGAGGUUCUUGUAAAAUCCAAACAGUAUUUUGUUUCGGUUAAAGAUGUCAAUCCACAAGGCAAGAUAUCACCAGUAAAACACACUUUCAGCUGUUAUUUGUUCUGUUUAAACAGUAUAUGGAAUUCGUGCUGAUCUUAUGUAUUUUAUUUGAUAACCAAAUACAUUACCAUUUCUCAAA